AUGGAUUCAACACAUCCUCCAGAACCCCAUCCCAAUCUAGGAGAGUUCGAAGAUCCAGUCGACGGAUAUGCUGAUGAUGAUUUGUUAACUCCCGAUGAUCUAAGUGUCAAUGUCACUGGAAUGACACCAUCUCGAUCUUUUUUGGAGACGGAAGAGUUUGAAACCGAAUUGGGCGGCCUGGAUGAACCAUUCGAAGACAUUUUCAAUGAUAUAUCCGCACAUGAAAUAAUCCAAGUAAUUGCCGACGGCGAUCGAGUUGGAAGGCCCAUUGUUGUCGUCUAUGCCUAUCGUCUUCCUUCAAAUAAAGAAAUCGACCAUAGUCGUCUUCUCCAAUACUUGACACAAAUUAUAGACAAGAUUGUGGACCAAGACUACACGAUUGUAUAUUUCCACUAUGGUCUCCGGAGUCACAACAAACCGCCCGUUCGGUGGUUGUUCCAGGCUUACAAACAACUGGAUCGAAGAUUCAAAAAGAACCUGAAGGCGUUGUAUGUAGUGCAUCCGACACGAUUCAUCCGCAUUAUCUUUUCGCUGUUCAAAGGUUUCAUAUCGAGCAAAUUUGAGAACAAAUUCCACUAUGUAAUGUGUAUCGACGAACUGGAAAACGCGCUUUCUGUUUCAAGAUUAAACCUUCCAAGUCCGAUUCGUGAUCAUGAUAAAACAUUCUCAAAUCAGGUCAGCCGUCCAGAGACUCCACCCUCACAACCCCUACCAACACAACAGUUUGGAGUUCCCCUAGAAUUCAUUCUCUCGCACUGUGGUGGAAGCAUCCCUCCAAUUGUUGACCAACUCAUUGAAUUCUUGGAAACACACGCUCUCACAAUGGAAGGAGUGUUCCGGAAAAGUGCCAAUAUUGGAAGCAUCAAACGGUUACAAGAUAGAAUCAACAAAGGAGAGAAAAUUGACUUUGAAAACGAUCCAGAAUACAAAGACAAUGUGCACGUGGCUUCCCUUCAUGCAUCAGUUUUGCUGAAAACUUUCUUCCGAAGUCUAGGAGAGCCUCUUACUACCAAUAGACUUUAUCCGAAACUGGCUGCCUUAUCAGAAAUUUCGAAAGCUGAAAAGAGCGCAGCUGUCAAAGAAUUCGUGAAGCUUCUACCACGGGAUAACUACAUCCUUUUGAAAACGGUCAUCAAGUUUCUCACUAAGGUUGCUGGAAACAGCAAAGUGAAUCUAAUGACUGCCAACAACCUAAGUGUGGUUUUCGGACCAAAUUUAACAUGGCCUACUGAUCAAGAAGUUCCAAUAUCCCAACUCAAUAAUCUUAACAACUUCUGCUACAAGCUUAUUGUAGAUUAUGAUUCAGUAUUCGAUCACUAA